AUGGAUCAGUACCACCUCAGCGAUGAAAGCUCCCUGCACUCUGAAAUGCAGCUGCAUGAGUUUUCAGGGAAUCAGGCAUUGGACUGCAGUGAUGCUUUCAGCCAUGAGCUGUGCCCGGAUGUGAGAGACAUGAUUUAUUCAGGACUGAGCAACCUGGAUGUGGAUCCCAGCCUUUCAGCCACGAAUGUGAAUAGCGACUCUUUGGAAGACAACCUGGACACGUUGUCUUUGUAUUCCAUAAAGGAUGGCGAUUCCGCUAAACUCCUCGAUGACUGCGAGUCAGACUCAAGGCCGCUUUUGCACGAAUUGGGGCUUCCUAAACCUUCAGCACCUAAAGAUGUGGAUCCAGGAGGUAGAACCAGUUCUGGCAGUGGAAGGAAAGGAAAACACCAGCAGAGUUCCCCUCAAGCCCCUUUCCUGGACUGCAGCCUCUGUGGGAAGGUGUUCAGUAGCACCAGUUCUCUCAGCAAACAUUAUGUGACUCACAGCCAGGAGAGGAAACACGUCUGUAAGAUCUGCAGCAAAGCGUUUAAGCGGCAGGACCAUCUGAGCGGCCAUAUGCUAACCCACCAAAAAACAAAGCCAUUCCUUUGCAUAGAACAAGGCUGCAGUAAGAGUUAUUCUGACUAUCGGUCGCUGCGCCGGCAUUAUGAAAUGCACCACGGCUUCAGGUUGUUAAAGGAUGACGAGGGAUGUGAGAGCUUGCCACCUCCGCACGAUUCACAUGUCCAGCCUGGACCUGGUAGUAUGAGAACUGCAGAAAGAGUUGCCUUUCACCCUGAACCUCAAGUCCCUAAUACUUCCCUCCUGCCCAACAGAGACCUGCUGAGGUGUAUUGUGAGUAGUUUAGUCAGCCAGAAGCUUCCAUUGGCUCCGUCACCAUCUGCAGGACCAUCCGAAUCUGACUCCAAGGGUUCCUUGCAGCCGUCCACCUCUAAAUGUGGUCAGAUGUCUUGCACUCCCCCAAGUGCUGCUGCACCUACCAAACCCACUGGUGAUAACACCACAAAGGAUAUUUAUUCUUGUCAAAAGAACACUGUUUCUUCCAGUGUGUAUACCAUAAUAAAUCCUGGGAACUUGUCUGUCUUCGGAUCUGCGGAAAACAGUACAAAUGUGCCUGACAGGCAGCCUCAUCCCGAGCCCCAGUGCCCUUUAGAAAACACAGCCCUGGAGUAUUGGGCAGAAAGUGGCGUUCCACGAUUUCCGUUGUUCAGAGGACAGAAGAUCCCUACAACUUCUCAGCAGCCAAGCAGCAGUUUCCAGUGGGCCAGAAACAUGCCACCGACCUGCACCAAAAGCAAAGGAAACAGCUCUUACAUGGCUCAGAUGUCACCUGUUGCAGCUCAGGAUGUUUCUCAAGGGUUGGCGGGACCCUCCCAGGCUUUUGAUUCUUUGGCACCGACCUUUGAGCGUCCAGAUAUUUUGCCCUUCACUCCUGCACUCUUAAAGCCACAAGGGGAGAUCCCUGGGGAGUCAAAGCUCCGUGGCUUUGAAGAGGCCUUUAGGCCAGCAGCUAGGCGCCCAGAAGCCCAGAAGCCAAGCGUGCUGCAGAAGGGUGAGACUGGACCACUUUUCAGGCAGCUCUUCAUGAAAUCCCAGGAAUCCUCUGUGAGUCAGGAUCAGUUGCAAGUCCAGGGUCACCUCUUCCAGAGGAUCACCAAAUCGCAGCACAUCUUAUCUCACACCCAGUUGGUGACUCCGUCGCAGGCGUCAGCUUCUGAGCCUGAGCAGGCAGUAGCCAAACCAUUUCAAACUGUGUUUCAGCAGCAGAUGUGUCACCCACUUAUGGAACCCACAGAGCGCAAAAGUUCCCUGUUAUGCAUGAAAAGGUCCUUGGCCCAGUUUGAGAAGGACUUUCCAUCUGGCAAUGAGAAAGAAGGGCAGCAGCCAGGUACUCCUCCGCGGUCCUUUCUGUCACCUUCCCUAAGCACAGACACUGUUUCUCACACCAAACACUCCAGAACCUUGAAAGGGUGCCUGGGUUUCACAGACUUCUCCAGUCCUAACCAGCCACAGUCCGUAGCUUACGAAAACACCCCGGGAAAUCAUACAUACGGGAAGCCAAGUCAGUUGGAGAAUGACUGUCCUCCAUUGAUGAAGAAAGAGAAGAACGAGGCUUGUGCUAAAGGAUCAGGCAGCAAAGGUCAUUCUCGCAGUGGGAGGCCCCGCCGGAAGGAGAAGCUGAAGUUUGAUGUCUCUUCUGUGGCUUCUCCCAGCCAAGUGGCCAUGGCUUCUUUCUCUUUGCCCAGCACUUCGUUCGACAGCGAGGCUGGAGCAAAACCAAAGAUGACCAUUUUCAACAGGAUUCAGGGUGGAAAUAUCUACAGCUUUACUAACGCAGUGAGGGAAGAACACUUUCCCCCUGGAUGCAGUAAGUCUGGAGGAGGCCCCGGAGUCAGGAGCCAGCAUGAAAGCAGUUUUGUUUGCAGGACCUGCGGCCAGCUGUUCUAUACGGAGCGAGGCCUGAACAGCCACAUGUGUUUCUAUGGCGAACAGUGGCAAUCUCCAUCAGGGAAGGAAAAACAGCAGGCGUUUGAGGCAGAACACCUACAGCCUCAGAAACUGUCCUUCAAGCUAGCAGGGGAUGGAGAUACUCCUCCUGGAACCAGAAAACCUUUGGACUAUGUAGCUGCCGCAGCCCCUCUUGUCAUGCCAGUCUCGGUACCUGUUACAGCAGCAAACCAGCAGCAAGAGAGCAAAGUUGACAAGAAGGAAAGUUGGAACAAUAACAGUCUUCAGGAAGGCAUGCCACAAAAGAAGAGGAAGAGGCGGAUUUGUCCAAAGUCACUGUUCAUUCCACCUCCAGUCCCAGUAUUCAGUGAGAUACAGCCUGGCACUGGAGGAUGCUACCAAAGUAACCUUCGCUCGCCCGUCUUCCUGAUGGACCACCUCCUUCAAGGCUUGGUCCAGUGUUCUCCUUAUACGCCUCCUCCCAUGCUCAGCCCCAUCCGUGAGGGGUCAGGGCUUUAUUUCAACACUCUGUGCUCUUCCUCUGCAAACACUGGUUCCUCCAAGAUGUACACAUCUGUCCUAGAUGGCAUGGAUGGAGCCCUUUUGUUCUCUCUUGUGAAAGAUACCACCAAAAUCAGUAUUGAACCGCAUAUCAACAUUGGAAGUCGUUUUCAGGCAGAGAUACCUGACCUGCAAGACAGGUCAUUCUUGGAUAAUUAUGAACAUCCAGCUUCAUUAGUGUGGAAGCCGCGGGGAGACAUCACUACCAACAAGGAAACGCAGAAAAGAGUAACAGAUCUAUUAAAAUUGGCCUGCUCCAGUGCGAUGCCAGGGGGCGGGACCAACCUAGAACUAGCUGUGCACUGUCUUCAUGAAGCCCAAGGAAAUAUUUUGGUGGCGCUGGAGAUGCUGUUACUCCAAGGUCCACAGAAGCCUCCUUGCCAUCCUCUCGCUGACUAUCAUUAUUCAGGUUCGCAUUUGUGGACUCCUGCUGAGAAGCAGUUGUUUAAGAAGGCUUUUGGCAUGCACAAGAAGGACUUUUACCAGAUACAGAAGAAGAUACAAACUAAGACGGUUUCCCAGUGUGUUGAAUACUACUAUAGCUGGAAAAAAAUAUUAAAAUUUGACUGCAGUCGAUCACAAGUGGUAGAAAAGAGGUCCAUGAGAGAGCAGGAUGAGGUAGAGAUGGAGGAAGAAAAGACUGCAUGCAGCCCAAAGAAAAGACAUUGCCACCUGCCUAAACAGGAGAACAAGCUAAAGUCAAGGACCUCCAAAAAAGCCUCACAGAGCACCUUCAGUCCAGCCAGCAGCCUGAAGGAAACUCCGGACAGGCCCAAGAACACCUGCAGUCAGGGGGCGUUUCCAUGUAAAGAAUGUGCAAGAGUGUUUGAUAAGAUAAAAAGCCGGAAUGCUCACAUGAAGCGCCAUCGCCUGCAAGAGCAGAUGGAUCCGAUUAUAAAGAUUAAGUGGCAUCUGAAGAACGAGCCAAAGAAGGAAGAAAGAAACACUGACUUUCUCCAGUGGUAA